AUGAAUUAUCAUAAUUUAAUAAAUGCAAUCGUUGUAUUAAAGUCAAUUAACCUAUACAUAUUACAUUUGACAAAAUAAUUAUUUCAAUAUUUCAUAAUUAAUUUAUUUUAUCAUUAUAUGAUUAAUUAUUUCGUGUAUAGAUAAUGGACGACCAAAGAUAUAUGGUGUGCGAGUUUCCAAAUGAAGAAGAUAGCAUAUCUAUUGGAUAUUUAGAAUGGCUGGAAAAUAAAUUCACAAACAUUGAAUUAGAUGAUGUAAUUAAACGCGGGACGAUAGUGAAAGUUCGAUGGCCAAAAGACUGUGAUGUGGGCCCUGUAGCAACAACAAUGAAAAAAAAAUUGGCCAAUUGUCAAUGGGAGGUGGUUGCAACAAAAUUACGGGCAUAUGGAGGAUGGAUUAAAAUGUGUGAGAUCAGAGACAAUUUAGAAAAGUAUGGUAUCACUGAACUUGACAGAAGUAAUAGAAAACAGUUCACGAGUAAAAAUAACCAUACAGAAUGUGAUAGUAAUGAUGAAUCAGGAGUAAAAGAAACAAAAAAGGAUGCGAAACAAAAGAAAUGUAUUCUAAAUGUAAAAAAAGGAAAAGAACUUUUAAAACAAUACAAACACAAAAAGCAGAAAUAUUCGUCACAGAGUGUCGGACUCAAUCUUAACGACAAUACCGACUAA